AUGAGUAUGGAUGUGAAACCUCUCGGCUUUAGUAUUGCCCAGGAAAAUCGAAGGACAAUGCUCGAACUCGACAAUGAUCGUCGGACCAUGAAUGCGAUAAUAAAAGGCAUCUUCCUCACCAAACCCUCCAACCCACGUAAAUGUUCGCCAUUGCUUCAAGUUCAGUUCAGGUUGUGCCUGUUCUACUUGGGCAUCUCAGCAUAUGGGACCGAGACUCAGCUGGAGAGCUCGGUGCCGGCCUUUGCCACAGUAGGAAGGAGUCGGCGGUUCCCGAUCUCAAAGGAUUGCAAGUGCUUCCCUGUUCACAAGACAGGAAGUGAAGCCGUCAAGCCUGUGGUCGUCCACGACGGGUUCUGCUCGUACGAGAUGGACGUGCAGAACGGUAUAUUUCAUGCCAUCGCGCUCCGAUAG